AUGAACAAGACACCCAAACAACCCGACCACCCUCCGCUGCGGUCGCGACCGUCGCAAACCUCGCCCACGGCUGCUGCUCCUCCACCGUUGUGGGCGCAUCGCAGCGCCUCGAGCAUGUCGGCUGCCUCCAACGACACGACGACCAACAAACAACUCCCGCAACAACACCAAUCUGCUUCUCGUCCCAAUACCGCUCAUGCCACCACCGCCCCGCCCUCUGCCCUGGCCAACUUCUCUCGCCCUCAGCCUCGUCAGUCCAUCGAUGCUCAACUGCGUAUGACCUCGCCGCCCCCGCCUCCACCGACUGCCCCUCCAUCCAUACAUCACCGUGGCCGACAGCAUUCUCAAGGCUUCUUCGAGCCCUCUCUACCGCAUACUUCGCACAUGCCCGCCUCCCAAAUCGCUGCCCAAGCUGCUAUGCACCACAUGCAAAACCCGUCCCACGACCGCAAACGUCCCACUCCUCCCUUGCAGCCCAUCAACGUUGCUGCCACUCGUCUCGAUCGUCGCAUAGUCUCUCCUACCACUCUGAGCCCUCCUCCAAUUCAUUCAAGCAACAUUGAUAGCAGGAUCGCCGCCACCACCGCUGCCAACGUCGCUUUCCCUCGCAGUCCAGGUCAAAUGCCUUCACCACACGCCCUGACUGCUGAUCAACCCGUCUCUGCCCCUCCUGUUCCAAUCCCUGCCGAGACAAAGGUCAAAGAGCGUUCCAAGAUGAAGCUGUUUCAUAAGCCAAAGAGUAUUGGCAUCACAAAAGACAAGGACCUGGACAAGAAGGCUGCUCCGGCGCUGCCCUCUCCAAAUCGCGGUCUGCUGCGCGCUGGUUUCGCAAAUGCUUCAAUGACCAGUCUGAAUGACCCCAAUUCCUCUGCCGCUGCCUCUGUCUACUCUUCCGCAAAUACAUCAACUUCUACCCUAGUACCUGUGACCACGACUGCGACAGCCACCAUCGAGAAGAAGGAGGACAAGGAGAAACACAGGCAUCACUUCUUGUCAAGGCAGAAACAAAAGGACCGUGGCGCUCUACCUUUGUCCUCGGCUUCAUCCAAUUCUACCGCUGUGGAUCCAAAUGCUCCACAGUCCUUGUACUCGUUCACUCCACAAUCUCCUGGUUUCUCCAAAUCCGUCAGUGGUCUAGAUUUGCGACAUGGUGGGCGUGCCUUACGGGAAAAGAAGAAGGAGGAAAAGGCCGCUGCCGCUGCAGCUACAAAUUUGACGCCUACAAUGUCCAACACUUCUGGAAAUCUGCUCCGAGACGACUCUAGAAGUGAUUUCAUGGUUUCCAGUAGCUUGGACUCGGUCUCUAUCCUCGGUCCUCCGAGCAGCAACUCUCUUUUCUCUCUGCCCUUGUACGAGUCUCAGCCUACAAUGUCUGCCGCUGCGUUCAACAAUCUGGGUAACAGUAUGGGUCUGAAUGGUAUCACAGCCGACGAUGCUUGGCCUUUGCUAAAAGCAAGAUUAUUAAACAUCUUUUCGGGUGAGGACCUAAGGACGCCAAUCGAGGAUUUCAAUUUGCUGGUUUCCGUACAUAUUCGACGAUGUAUACAAAAACGUGCACCGGUUGUUCUGGUGGAAGACCUGAGGGAAUUGCUCGCGACUGGCUUCUCUUCGCUCGCGCAAACACUACACAGAGUGCCCGACGAACGGCUCGUAACGCGCCUUGUUGCUAUCUGGCAGACGACUUUCAGCUCUAUCCUGCCCUUCAUCCAAGCCGUCUUCUUGCCACUGGAUCUUGAGUUUCGUGGUCACGGCAGCAUAAUGAGCGCAAGAGAAGCCCAAGAAUUCUGGGGUGCUUUCGUGCCCGCUGAGAUGCCACCACCAAUCACACGGAAGCAAUCAUCCUCAUUCGACGAGCUGAGGCCGAGUAGUUCUGGAGGCGCGACAAUAACAAGCAAUACAUCAAAUCGUAUGCCUGGACUUGGAGAGGAAUUAGACGUGCGCCGCAUCGCCUUGAUUGUGUUCCGCGAUGUGGUUCUGCUUCCACGCCAUGAAACGCUGCUUGCGAUCUUUUCACGGUUGUCAUUAGACAGCAUAAACACUGCUGCUGUGGCCAGUAAUCCAUCAUCGUCGCCAGCUAUGUCUGGCAGCCGAGGGCGAGGCUUUUCCAAUCCAGCAGCAGGAGGGGCAGAAAGACCAUCGACAGGAGGUUCCCUAUCUCCACGCAUGGGAAGCAGCUACAAUAGCAAUUCGAACUAUCUGGACAGUGGUAACACAACCAUAGUAUCCAGCCCGCCAACGCACCAUAGUCGCAGCCGUGCAACUUCCAACACUUCUGCUGGUAGCUUCGGCACUUCACUUCCUCACAGCACAUCGCAUUAUCCAACCACAUCCAUCGACAGUGUAACCUCAGCUCCGGCUUUCUCAUCCUCAUUUUCUCCGGAUCCGUCAGGCAGACCGCCAACUUUUGCGGACCCUGCGCAGGUCACGCAAACAGUGGCUAGGAUGUUGCAAUGUGUCAGUGUGGUUGCAGGAGCACAGACCGGUGAUCAGAGUCAAGCUGUUGUAGAAAGACUAACGAGGGAAUUGAAGUACAACUGGUUGGGAAGAGGAAGAACAGGUAGACAGAGGAGGGGUUGGGUUGGUGUCAAAGGAAAGAAUUCUGGGAGUAUAGGGCAAGGACAGGGCCAGAUUAACGGACUAGGUGUUGUGGGUGCUUGA